CACAUCUUAAAGCCGCCAAGGUUGAGAAACAUUGGUUUAAGCCAUGGGGUCCAAUCUUAAAAUGGAAUCUGGGGAUUAGACUUUAGGAUCUGACUGUUUCUGCUUCUGCAAUCCCAGGCAGGCCUCUAAGUGGGUUGCUGUUCAGAAGUUCUGACAGCAAAAAGCAGCCAAGAAGCACAUGAUGGAAGAGAGGAAUGUAGGGAUCAGCCACAGCUAUGAGAAGGUGAUUAAAAAGAUUGUAAUGCAACCAAAGUACAUUUGGUAUCUUCGUGGAGUCUAAAAAGGCUGCUUUGCAAAAUAUAUUGGCAAGUACAUUUUUAAGAUUCCUACAGAGGAUAAAAAAGUGCACUGGCCAUGCUCCACUGGGAAGAUGAUAUUAACAUGUCAAAAAGGCUGAAAUCUCCAGAUAAGUUGGAUCCUAUUUCAGUGCAGUCAUCCCCAAGACACAAGAUCAUCAUGGAAUCCUCAAAUACAUCCGCUCCUGGAAGCAAUGGCAGUGGUGAGGCAGCAUUGAUCCGGAAGCAGAAAUUGGAAUUCCAGCGCCGUAUCAUUGAAAAGAAGCAACGCCGAAAGCGCCAGGAGCCACUUAUGGUUCAAGCCAAUACAGACACCAAAGUGAAGGGGUGCCGGGGAAGGCAGAAGCCCGAGGAACGCAUCCCACUCAUGGAGUCUUGCAGUGAACACAGCCUGGGCAAUAGUACAAACAACCCUUUUCUUGUGGAGUCUGUUCCAGAGGCUCACCUUGGUGUCCAUAUGUGGGGUAGCUCCAUCCAGAUGAGCCGAUCGCACAGUGGCCAAGGGGAAAGCCAAGCGGUUGGUCCAGAUUUUUCUGAUGAGACAGAGCUGGAGGUGGCCAUUUUGGAAGAAACCCAGCCUAUCAACAAGAAUGAAUCCAUUCCGAAGAAUGGCUGGCAGGCCAAACAAAGAGAAGGACGACCAAAUACUCAACGGCAUGGCCAGACUUCCAGAUCGAAGAGGGAAGGUUUAUCCCCAAGACAUGACAUUCCAUCUCCCAUUGUGGGUAUGGAAGGUGAGGUUCCUGAGCAUGUAUCCCAGGCAACCAAAUCAAAAAAGGAAAGGUUAACCCCAAUACAGAAGGUUCCAUCGAUCAUCAUGGAUAUGGAAGCUCAUUUAGUUUUGAAGAAUGAUCUUCCCAAAGAGGACCCAAAGUCUACAGAGUCCAAGAAGGCCACUGGGGAGAUGCGUAACAUCGAUAUGCUCCACAGCAACUCUGAAAGUGAGGGGGAGUACUCCCAGGAGCUGACCAUACCCCCUUCGCCUAUGAAGAAGCCUCGUGACUGGAUGCUUAUGCACAGAGGGUCUCUCACCAACGGAAGGAGGAGUUUGAGUGAGGAAGAGGAAGAAAAUGAUGAAGAUGAUGAAGAUGAAGAUUUCAAGGAUGAUGAUCAAGACAUUCUCAGGAGUGUCAUGUACAUUCAAGAAGAAAUUGACUUGCCUGCGUCUCCAAAUGGGGAACAAAGUGCUCCCUUGUCUCUCAAAGUGGAUGACAUUGAAGCAUUUGUUUUGCAACCUGCCCCUCAGGGCAACACAAUCCAGUGUCGCAUCACACGAGACCGGAAAGGGAUGGACAAGGGCAUCUUCCCCUUCUACUACUUGCACCUUGAGAUGGAAAAUGGGAAGAAGCGGUUCCUCAUGUCUGGGAGGAAGAGGAAAAAAAGCAAGACUUCAAAUUACCUUAUUUCCUUAGAUCCCAUUGAUCUGUCACGAGGUGGCGAAAACUUCAUUGGAAAAGUCAGAUCUAACAUGCUUGGGACCAAGUUCACUGUAUUUGACAACGGAAUCAAUCCAGACAAGAAACCUUUUGUUCCAGAAACAGCCCACCUGCGGCAGGAGUUAGUUGCCAUUUGCUAUGAGACCAAUGUUUUAGGUUUCAGAGGUCCACGGAAAAUGACAGUGAUAAUUCCUGGCAUGAAUUCAGAGAAUGAAAGGAUCUGCAUCCAACCCAAAAAUGAACAUGAAACCUUACUGACACGCUACCAGAACAGGAACAUGCAGAACCUAAUCAAGCUGCAGAACAAGAUGCCUGCUUGGAACGAGGAGACCCAGUCAUACGUACUCAACUUCCAUGGGCGUGUCACGCAGGCUUCGGUCAAGAACUUCCAAAUCAUCUCAGAAGAUGACCCUGACUACAUCGUGCUACAGUUUGGCCGGGUGGCCUCUGAUGUCUUCACCAUGGAUUAUCGAUUCCCCCUCUGUGCUGUUCAGGCCUUUGCCAUCUGUCUGUCCAGUUUUGAUGGGAAGCUUGCCUGCGAGUAGAAAAGACCAGCUCAACCAGAUUUUUUACUCCCAAACCCUGCGGCUUUGCUCCAGAUUGCUUCCUGCUGCCUUGCAAAAUCAGACACAGUUCCUUACAUUGCCAGUAUUGCUCCUCUUUGUCCUUCCCAUUUUUUGUUAGGCUGGAUUUGCAUAUGGUCUGUUGUCAAACUGGCACACACUUUCCCAUUGCUCUUUCCUCUUUGCAUUCCAACUAAUCCUUCCCUGCCAAACUGUCUUCAUCAUCCUAGAACCUUUGAUUUCUCUUCCAUUUUCCAUUUUGAUUUGCCAACCUGUUUCCUCUUAUACUGCAUCCCCUUUGAACAUUGCUACUCUCGUUCAGGCUUGUCCCGCCCUUUCCUGCCCUCUCUUCCCCUCUAAAACAAAUUCAGGAACACCGACGGAAAACAAACCAUCUCACAAGAUGUGGAAGAUAGCUCCAUUAUUGAAUGAACACCCACUGAGGAAACACCAGUUCUGCCAGCUGAAUCAAUUCAGAUCAAGGGGAGGGGCAGCCAAGCAGAUGGGAAGGAGCAGCUACAUUGAAACAGUGGACUGAAGCUGCCACCCCACACAUCUUCCCUUCUUUAUCAAAUUGCAAAUAAAACUUACUCAGAGACCAAA